AUGUCAGGUAAGGGAGCUAAGGGGCUUUCUGGCAAAGGCCUCUCCGGGAAAGGGGCGAAAGGCACGAUGUCCUCCAAGAAGGGCGACAAGAGAAAGCCAACGUCUCGUUCUGUGAAAGCCGGUUUGCAGUUCCCGGUUGGUCGUAUUCACAGGUUCUUGAAGAAUCGCGCGGCUUCCGGUGGUCGUGUUGGUGCCACCGCUGCAGUCUACUCUGCCGCCAUCCUUGAAUACCUUACAGCAGAAGUAUUAGAGCUUGCGGGCAAUGCCUCGAAGGAUUUGAAGGUUAAGCGCAUCACGCCUCGUCAUCUCCAACUCGCUAUUCGGGGUGAUGAAGAACUUGACACACUCAUCAAGGCAACUAUUGCCGGUGGUGGCGUCAUUCCGCAUAUCCACAAGUCCCUCAUGAACAAGUCAUCGAAGAAAGGGGAAUAA